AUGGAAAGUGUAGAGGAAUGCCAGAGUGGCACUUUUUUCUGUGUCUUCUGUUCUCUGUGAGUGGUUUCAAUUUCAAUUUUGGGAAGCGAACCUUCGCAAAUCGCAGGUCGAAAUCGUUGGUCCCUUCUAAAAGUAUUGGCCUCCUUUUUGAAUUGUUGUUGAGGGAUUAGACUAUCAUUAUAGGUAGGGGAUGGCAUGUAGGGGAUGUUGGGAGUGCCUUUUGAAGCUUUUGAAUUUCAUACUGGCUCUGUUUGGUCUGGCCAUCGUGGGCUAUGGGAUCUAUCUGUUGGUUGAAGUCACUCAAGCUUCGGAUGAUGACGCUCCAGCAAAUUCUCCUGUCAGUGAUGAUUAUGCUCUGAUUCAACUAGGCCGACCAAUGAUUUUGGCUGUGUCGCUAUCCAACAGCUUUUUUGAUAAGUUGCCCAAUGCUUGGUUUAUUUACUUAUUUAUUGGUGUUGGAGCAGUUCUCUUUGUUAUUUCUUGUUUUGGUUGUAUUGGAGCUACAACACGGAAUGGAUGCUGCUUGAGCUGUUAUUCAAUUUUGGUAGUAUUACUGAUCUUGGUAGAGCUGGGAUGUGCAGCUUUUAUGUUCUUUGACAAAAACUGGACAGAUGAAAUUCCAACAGACAAAACUGGAGAUUUUGAUAUGAUAUAUGGAUUCCUGAGAGAGAAUUGGAAUAUUGUGAAAUGGGUUGCCCUUGGAACUGUUAUCUUUGAGGCCCUUCUUUUCCUGUUAGCCCUUAUUGUUAGGGCUUCAAAUAAGCCAGCAGAUUAUGAUAGUGAUGAUGAGUUCAUUAAUCCAAGGCAGCAAGUCCGGCAGCCAUUGCUCAACAGACCAGCAGGCCCUGCAACAGGGUUACCAGUUGCUGGGACAAUUGACCAGCGUCCAAGCAGAAACGAUGCUUGGAGCACACGGAUGAGGGAGAAGUAUGGGCUUGAUACCUCAGAAUUUACGUACAACCCAUCUGAGUCGCACAGGUUCCAGCAAGUAAACUCACAAACAAAUGAAGAAAAGAGCUGCUGCACCAUAAUGUGAUAUCUUUUUGCUGAAUGUGUAUAACUCGCGCUGUACUGGAUCACUCCAUGACAUGGCAACAACUUCAUUUUAGUCUGUAAUGUUAUGCUGAGACAUCAGAACUUACUGUGCCUUGCUUAUGUGGGGGGAGUAGUGAAGUCGUUAGAUGUCCAUAUUGCCUACUUGCUUCGAAGUCCGUUUCUUCUUUCUCCCUUGUUUUGAAUUGGCCCGUGGCCAGCACUAGCUAGUUGGGAAUACUGUAAUUUGGUCCUUAAAAAAUUUGGUGGACAUUAAUUUGAUAUCUAAAAUGU